AUGACCAUUUUUAUUUUAAAUCCAGAAAGCAAAUUUGCAGGUAUGGGGGCUGUUGCACAUUUACUUUAUUCAAAUUUUAUAAAACAAAUUUUUAUAGCACUGUUAUGUGCUCUGCUGUCGAGCCCUGCAUUUGCGGUUGUCAAUAGUGUUGACUCAAAAAACACAACAAGACGUGAAGCUCCAUUAGAUGAUUCAUUAGCUAUUGCUGAUACAUACGGACCUCCCUUAAAACCAGACCUAGGACUUCCUGCGCCAGUCUAUGGUGCACCCGAUCAAGCUCAAUACCCUGCACCACCGCCAGAUGUACCACCACCACCAGGUCCAGCGCCAGUUUUCUUAGCUCCGUCAUCAGGCUACGGUUUGCCAUCAGAGGAUCCGGCACCUUUAUUCGCAGUGCAACAAGAAGGAAAUCCUGCAACUGUAUACGGUCCUCCUGAAAAUGUUCCUGCUCAAGUAUAUGGUGUUCCAGAAAAUAUUCCUACACAAGUAUAUGGUUCUCCCGAAAAUAUACCUUCACCAGUAUAUGGAGUUCCAUCGGGUCCUCCCGCGCCUGUAUACGGUCCUCCUCCUUCAGUGCCAUCUCCAACUUAUGGAGUACCCUCAGCACAUCCAAGCCCUGCUUAUGGACUGCCAAAACAAAAUUAUGGCCCUCCACAUUUUAGCGGACCGCCGAAAGCCCAUUACGGACCACCUCAUAAAUAUUCAUACAAAUUUCCACAAAAGUUACACUUUGGACCACCAAAAGGUCAUUAUGGACCACCGCCUAAAUACGGAAGACCGCUCAGACCAAAGUUCAAUCAUCCAGUAUUCACUUAUGGACCGCCCGGAAAACCUUUGGGUCUCCAUGGCCCACCUGUAAAACCUCAUGGUCAAAUAAAUUUUGCAUAUGGACCUCCAAUACCAAAACCAAGCGCGAUCUACGGACCUCCUUCACAAGUCAAUUUUGGAUUCCAUCAACAAAGUGGUAGUUAUGGUCCACCCCCGCCACCGCCAAGUGGUAAUUAUGGCCCACCACCAAGUACCAAUUACGGUCCUCCAAGUGUAAGUUACGGACCACCGCCGAGUGCUAAUUAUGGUCCGCCGCCAAGCAACAAUUAUGGGCCACCACCAUCCGCACCUAGCGGAAAUUAUGGACCCCCGCCCACAGCACACUAUGGACCACCACAUCUCACAGCACCAAUUGGCCCGCCACAUCCUGGAAUUCCUGCUCCCCCCACACCUCCAGAGAUUAAGUACGAUGGUUGGCGUCCGAUACCAGGAGUAUCGGUAUCCUCAAGUCAUUCGUCUCAUAGUUCUCAUGAAUCUCACGAAGGCCAGAUAAGUCAAGGGGGUCACUCCGGUUUAGAAUUACAAUACGGGUUACCAGUACAUGGACCAGUACAAUUCACGGGUCAUGGAGAAGGCCAAGCUCUUCAUCAAGAAGGCGGCGGCUUAACGGGAUAUGCAAAUGGAUAUUCCUCAUCACACGGAUCUAACCAAUUUGCACAAGCUGCGGGUAUUGCUUUAAGUGGAGAUACUACAAUAUCAUCACAUGGAAAUAAUGGCUUAGCCUUUAAUGGUGCUGAAUCACAUGGAAGCGAUCAUUUGAAUGGAAUCGAUUUAUCUUUAUUGACAGGAUCUCAACAUCAAACAUUAACCCAAUCUAAUGCCAUAUUCGAAGCUCACAUCACUGAUAAUGUGCCAAUUCAGGGACCUGUGUAUACCCCACCUCCUGCACCUAUUAGUGGAGAAGAACAUAAUCAAGCAAGUAUUACAACAUUCAAAAAUGAAGAAUUUGCAUCCAAUGACUUAGGAUCGGGUAAAGAUACUUAUGGUGCGCCUCCAGUAGAUUCGUUCUCUCCUGAAGGAUUAUAUCCUCCAUCGCCAAGUCAAGGUCAGCAUCAUCAGCAUCAUCAACAUCAUCAACAUCAUCAAAGCCACCACCAUCAUCAAAAUUAUCAGGAUCAUCAACAUUCUGGAUUAGCAUUACAAUAUGGCACUCCAAGUGGACAGCUAGGAUGGGGUCCACAAGGAACACAACCUCGCCGGCCACUUGUAUUUGGAGAACCAGUGCCACCAGGUCUAAUAGAUUCUAUCGGUAAAAGCGUGCAACAUUUGGACAACUUUGGAAUAAAUAAUUACGAGAAACAUAGUAGCAGCAUUUACUUACCACCACCGGUCGGCGGUCCACAAGCACUUCCGUUACAGCAACACUCAAUUUCUAAUUGCCCUCAUCAACCUUUGCAAACUUCAUACGGAACACCUGCUAUUGGUCAAACUGACUUGGAAUCUCAUCUUCGUGCUGCCACACAAGCAUUGGCUGAAGAUUUAGCACCACCAGAACAGCAAAUUGCUCAUUCAGAAAAACAAGUAGUAAAAGUGGUAAAAUCAGAAAAUGAGCAAUCAGAAAGCAAACAAGUGGAAUCUGCAGCAAGUCCACUUGAAGGCGAGCAACAACCCCGAUCUGCAGCAUUAACAAGCAGUUCGCAAAAUUCUAUGUAUUCUUCUCAAGGUUCUUUAAUAACUGGUGCCCAAAACUCGCAACAUGGAUUUAUAGUGCCAGUACAAGGUAAUCUUGGAUCGUACACUCUACAAAUUCAAUCCGCCGAUGGCCUGAGUGGUCCAUCAGGUGAACAUGGCAGCGUUCCACACGAACAAUUGUUAUCAGAAGGCCUUUUGCAAUCCAUUCUGCAAGCGAUUGAACAACCGCAAUCCAAGCACGAAGUGCGCCCGAGUAUCGGAUCAGUGGUACAAAGUGAAGAAUUUGUGCACCCCGUACCACCACCCACGUCCAGUUCUCCAUCUCAAAACGAAGUAGCUGUUUAUUUGAAAGACCCAAGCAAGUCAGAGGAAACGACAAAAAAUGAUCACUAA